GACGUCGUCGACGUGGUGGCUUCACGACAACAUCGCGUGUAGGGGCGUUGUUGUCGGUAACGCAUCUGCCGUCCUCACUGCCCCAUCGAUCCGACACCAGACUGUGUUUUCACGUGCUCAGCCGUACACCGACCUGCGAUAAGACAGCCGCCGACAACACUCUCAUAACACAGGCAUAUGUGUUUACAUUUGCUUGGGCAAGUUACUCUCACGGGCCGAACCCAAUUUCAACCGGAGAAGUUUCCGAUCCCAAACAGAAGGCUCGACCGUUUCUCGUCUGCUAGCUGUGCACCGCCACGCGGGGCAAAAGGAGAAGUAAGUUUGGAUAGGAAGUACAGAAAUUGACAAAAUCUAGCGUCCGUUGUCAUGGCAGGGCGUGUGAAUUGAGCAAACGAGAAGAAGCAGACGACAGCUAGCCCGAAGGGACAGUUGAGCAGACACAAACCUACGCCGGGGCAAGAUAAGUGCGUCGUCUGCUUGAAAAAACCGAGACAUUGCACAAACAGACCAAGCGACAUCUUAGGAAACCGAGUCUUGACCUGUUGGACCUCGGGGCUCCCUUGGAAUGUGGACGUCACAUUUACAGAGAUUUAGAUCUCGAGGUUUGUACAUCAUCUGGCAAUAAACAAACGCUUCUAACUGUGUGUGGUGCCUGAGCUAACCCUUCACAAUGUGUGAUCUAGGCGAAGAUGUGGUCAACUCGUACCUCCAGAACAACCCAGAUUUCCUCACACGCUGGUUGUCGGAACAUGGAACAGCCGAACAGCUUCAGGCAGUGGCUAGCAAGCUCACAGAGGAGAGCAAUGAAAAUGUUCGACCAAGCCUACCAAAUUUUACCCAAGUGGCCAAGAAUUCAAUCACAGGUAGCAUCUUUAAACAGUACCUUGAAGGGUCAAGGGCGAGAAAGACAUCUAUCAAGAAAGACCGGAACUCCCUACAGCACAUGUCUGAGGAGGAUAUAUUUAUGGAACUGAUUCGAGACAUUUCCAGUGAGUUGGACGUCAACGUGCUAUGUCAUAAAAUCCUGCAAAACGUCAACAUUCUUACCAACAGUGAUAGAGGAAGUCUGUUUCUUGUUCGUGGAUCCAAAGACAAUCGGUACCUGGUGUCUAAGCUGUUUGAUGUUACUAAUACAUCUACGUUGGAGGAGUCCAUUCACACAGCGGACAAUGAAAUCAAGGUGCCUUUUGGGAAGGGGAUAGCAGGUCACGUGGCCCAAUCCAAAGACACUGUCAACAUAAGAAAUGCUUAUGAGGAUCCAAGAUUCAACCAAGAAGUUGACAAACGCACUGGCUAUACAACCCACAGUAUCCUCUGUUUGCCGAUCAUCAACUAUGAAGGGGAGGUAAUCGGGGUGGCGCAGAUAAUCAACAAGAUUGAUGGGAACCACGAGUUUACCCGUCAGGAUGAGGAGUUGUUUAGAAAGUACCUGACAUUCUGUGGAAUUGGAAUCACAAAUGCGCAACUCUUUGAAAUGUCCGUCACCGAAUUUCAAAGGAACCAGUUGCUUCUGCAUCUGGCUCGAGGGAUAUUCGAAGAGCAAACAAACUUGCAGCAGCUUGUGAAGAAGAUCAUGGUGGAAGCUCAGGACCUUCUUAAGUGUGAGAGGUGCAGUGUCUUUCUACUGGAAGACACAUUUGAGAAUGAUAUCCACAAGUUUACCAAACGGUUUGUUGCCCGACUUGGACAAUGCUCCAAUAAAAACCUUGUCAUGGCAAUGCAGGACCCCAGCAAUAUGAGCACUCCCUCGAGCACUUCCGGCGAGCACAGAGAGGCACGGAAUCUACAGGAAGUCAGCUUCUCCAUGGCCUUUUAUCUCAACGCCAAAGACAGAGAAAAUGUUUUGGAGCCCAGUCAAAAGGACCUGUCGAAAUCUAAAACAGCCGAAAUUGCAAAAUUUGUGGUCAUGCAAGGCACGGCGGUUAAUAUUCCUGACUUGGAAAUCGAUGGAAGAUUUGGCAAAGGACCAUGUAUGGACCCUGAUGGCUUUCACAUACGGAGCGUCCUAUGCAUGCCAGUGUUCAACAGUGACAAGAAGAUCAUUGGUGUCACACAACUGAUGAACAAGCUCAAUUCCACCCCGUUUGAUGACAAUGAUGAGCAUAUCAUAGAGGCAUUUUCCAUCUUCACUGGACUUGGAAUUCACAACUGUCAGAUGUACGAGAACGCCUGUCGCUUGAUGGCCAAACAGACCGUGGCAUUAGAAGUUCUCUCCUACCACGCCACUGCACAGAAGGAAGAGACAGAAAAGCUUGUUGAAUGCGAAAUCCCAACCGCCGACGACUACCGUCUGUACAGUUUCGACUUCGACGACAUGGUUCUCAGCGACGAUGAUACACUACGUGCUGUCAUCAGAAUGUUUACCGACGCGAACAUCAUCAACAGUUUUAAAGUGCCUUAUGAUGUAAUAUGUCGAUGGACAGCCAGUGUGAAGAAAAACUACCGUCCCGUCACCUACCACAACUGGCGGCAUGCCUUCAACGUGUGUCAGACAAUGUUCACCAUGCUAUUUACCGGCCAGUUACGCCCCCUUUUCGGUGACCUGGAAAUAUAUGCCCUGAUGGUGGCCUGUCUGUGUCACGACCUGGAUCACAGGGGCACAAAUAAUGCAUUUCAAGUCAAAGUGGCGUCACCAUUAGCCAUGUUGUACAGUACAUCCGUUCUGGAGCAUCAUCACUUUGACCACUGCAUCAUGAUACUCAACAGCGAGGGCAAUAACAUCUUCCAGUCCUUAUCUCCUGGGGACUACCGCAAAGCAAUCAAAAUGCUUGAACAUGCAAUUCUGUCGACAGAUCUGGCCAUAUACUUUAAGAAACGAGGAGACUUCAAGUCAUUGAUAGAAGGUGGAGAGCAAACGUUUGACUCAAAAUACAAGAAGGAUCUUCUAAAAGCAAUGAUGAUGACGGCGUGCGACGUCGCUGCGAUUGCUAAACCGUGGGAUAUCCAACAGAAUGUCGCCCAGUUGGUGGCUGGAGAGUUCUUUGAGCAGGGAGAUAUUGAAAAGACAAAACUAGGAGAGCAGCCAAUACCAAUGAUGGAUCGGGACAAAAAGGAUGAACUCCCAAAGAUGCAGGUCGGCUUCAUUGAUGCAAUAUGUAUGCCAGUCUACAAGCUGUUUGCCUCGAUGACUGACAAAUUGGACCCAUUGUAUAAUGGAUGCCAAAGCAAUAGGACAAACUGGCAGCAUUUGGCUGAUAACAUAGAUACAGAGUGUAAGGAGUCAUCAUCUACACCAGCCUCCAACACUCCUAAACCGGAAACCGGAAGUAAAACGGACAGUAGCAAAGAAAUUCUAAGUUCGUCACCACAACCCUCUCCACAGCCUUUGUCCAAUGAUCAUGUAGCUAGCAAGUCACGUGACACUGAUUCAGUCACUCUCGCUUCACAAAAACAAAAUGGCGCUUCGUCUCACACUGCACAGUCUGCACACAAUGGAUCCCAGAGCCCUCCAGUUAGUAGUAGAUCCGUUAAUAAAGCACCACAAAGAAAGUAUCAACCAACUGCACCUACACCGAAAGCCAUUAAACAGGAUUCAGUGUGUGACCAAGACUUUUCACCCAAACACUGCAAGAGUAAAAAGCAAAAGAGUGGCUUCUGUGUCAUGAGCUGAAACGACCUUAUGCACCUAUACCUAGAACUUUCUCAGUGCCAAACUCAAACUAUCAGAUGCAUCUGAAAGAAGAUGGCGAUGUACGACGGGAAGGCAAACCUGUGAUCAUUGAUCUACCAAGCAAACGUAAUGGCUUAUAGGAACUAAAAGACGUUAGUAAAUCGAUGACCCUGAUGGACUUAAGGGCGAUUAUAUUACGCGAUGAAGAGCCCUGAUACAUUACAGAUCUGUUUGCACUUGGUGUUGAAUGACGUUAUGGAUCUGAUGGACCUUGCAGGUGAAUGAACUGGAUAUGUUACCCGGGGUGUUGAAUGACGUUAUGGAUCUGAUGGACCUUGCUGGUGAAUGAAAUGGAAAUGUUGGCCCUUGGUGUUGAAUGACGUUAUGGACACGUUGAACUGACGUUAUGGUUACGUUGAACCUUGAGCUGAUGAUGUGGAUAUGUUUUCUCUGGCGUUGACUGACAAUAUGGAUGAGUUGGUCCUUGGUGUUGACAGAGGUUGUGGAUCUGUUGGCGUUUGGUGUUGACUAACCUAGCGGAGGUGCUAACUGGUCUUAUGUAAUCUGUUGGUUCGCGAUGUUGCAUACGCGAUGAAUAUAUCUUUUUGAUGGACCAUGUAGAUAUUAUUUAUGGACAGGUCUCAUGGGCGUGACUGGCUUCUACCAACCUUAAUACUUUACAUAGUUUAUCAUUCUCUUUCUAUUUGAUUAGCCUGAAUGAAUAUAGUUGGUCUGAUUGGUCAUUUAUGUUUGCAUAGAACGUAUUUCCAUGAGUGAACACUUUAUCUGAUUGGCGUAAAAUAAUGGUCUAUCUAGCUUAAUUGAUUUUGUCCCGGAAAGGGGGUGUUGGUUCUUUCAAACCUCUCAGUGAACAUUCUGAUGUCAUAUUUUGGUUGGCUACAAAUUUGUCCAAGUAGAUUAUCAUCUGGUUUACGUUUAUCUGAGUAGGUCUGUCUGUGUCUUCAUUUUCGGUUCACGGUUAUACCAGCAGAUGCGAAAUAAUCAGAUCUUCACAUUCUAGUUCACAAUUAUAUAUACCAGAGAGCCGAAACUUCUACGUCUUCACCUACUGUUUCUCUAUGUCUUCAUCUUCAGGUUCGCGGUAUGCACGUACGUACACAUUACUAGCUCCUCAGAUUCUACUUCAUGGUUCUCAAAGUAUGACAACUUCUAAAAUCAAUUUAUGUUACAGUUGCGAUAUUUUGAUGUAAACUUUUCACAUUUUGCAAUCAAUGCGAUGUGUUCAAAUCUGUGCCAUUUAUAGGUUUUGUAUGGAAUGUAAUAGACUUUAAAACAUGAAUCAACAGCGUGGCAUUAAGGAAUUUCGAUAAGGAUAAAUAAAUUCAUUUUGCAUUCCACAAAUUGACGGAAUGCAAUCGAGCCGAAAGUGCUGAAAGUUUGCUUCUCAUAGUCGUGAACAUUCUGUGCCAGUUAACACGACCUGUGGUACUUUUGUGGCUAAGCUCGUUUUAAAAUAUCGUUUAUGCUUUGGUGGUAUUAAAUGCUCGAAAGAGUCACGUCGGUAACAAUGAUACUUUAUUUCAAACACUGCCGACUUCAUGUAUUUCAUGCAGAGGGAGAUUGAAAAACGUAUCUGGUACCACAGGAACUGUUGUCACUUCGCCUUUCUUGUAGCCAAAUUAUAUGUCGAUUUCAGUAUGUUUAGAAGUCACAUCUGUGAUACUGCAUGUUUAUACUGGAUUUUCCCCGAAAUUUCCACUGAUUGUGUCAGAAUGUGUCGUCAGUGUCAGAAGCUCACUGUGAUAUGUCUUGUCAGAUAUUAUCGCGGACUUGAUUGAUGUGGCAUUCGGAACACCUCGGCCAUUGGCGAUGUCCAUACGUGUAACUCGUAUUGUUUCUAAAAAAUACCUAUCAAAUCAAGCGUUUCUGCUUUGAUAUAUCGAGAACAUGGGUGAAAUCAGUACCCUCACUUAUUUUCUCACUCCACAUAUAGAGCAGAUUGAAGCUCAAUGCUAAACCAUAUCCUCAAUGGUGCAUAUAUGAGAAUUUGCCAAGGUGUUUCGAAUGUAUCUCACAUGAUAUAGAGAUCAUGCAGCAAUAUGUCAUAAUACGCCAAACAUCACACCUUUAUUAUUAAAACGUGGUUCCCAUGUUGUAGGGUAGAAUGCAUUUAUACACCACUGUUAACCUUGAAUUUCUAUGUGUCUCACCAAAUGUUACACUAUUGAAACAGUUUUGUUUAAUAUACCUCAAUUUCCGUCAACUGACAAGGACGGAUAACACGCUGUACGCGGCGUCAUUAACUACAUGUACUGUUUACCAUUCGUUCUUGUUAAGUAUCGAACAAAGCAUCCAUCAGCUUGUACACAAAACCAUGUCAUUAACAUAUCACAUAGGAGCACAUCAUCCCUUAAGGGGCAUCGUAUUUUAUACCACCAGUUAGACCUCGUUAUAUGAACUCAUUUACGUAUUAAGGGCAAGUUUGUAGAAGGGUUGACAACGGCAUUACUUCGUAACAAUGCUUUCAAAUAUUUGUGAUUGACAAUCAACAGAAUGACGAAGUGCUUGUUCCUGCACAACGUUAAUAUAACAAUAGGAUGAAAUUAUCAAUAUAUUCUAGUACAUGAUAUAAGUUUUAUCUUGGUAAUUUAUCCAUAGAAUAUUAAUAUUGGUGACGUAAGGUUUAUCGAUAGCAAACUGGACAAUAUAUAUAUAAUGUGUGGUUUUAUUUUGUGUGAUAUGAUCGCCUUCCUUGGGGAGUCAACGUGUAAUUUGAACCCUGUAAGUGCUACAUAAUAAGGGCAUCAUUAAUCUGGACACAAAUCUGUAUCACUGCAAUAAGCACUUUCAGGUUUAUUGGGUGGUUUCUAUAACGCUAACCUACAUUGUUCAUCAUCGCAAAGCUGUGUUAUAGUACGUGUUGCCAUUACUGAAAUAAACAUUAUCAGUUUUGUUUGAAAGGUCAUUUGAUGGUUCUGUUGAGAAUCAAUGUUUAUAGUUUAGGAAUGCACACGUAUAAUGCCAUCUUGUUUGCAAAAAUGAGAUGACAACUUACACGGUUGUGAUAACGAAUAACAUAUUAUAAUGAUACUCACUUGAAAAAGCCUGCACAUAAUCACUGUAAACGUGUGCUUCUCAUUUGUCAAAUACACAUUGUAAAUAUAUCUGUACUAUUUGUGAUAUUACGUGUACAUAUGCAAUAUGUAUGUUUCUCACGUGUUUGUACAUGAAUUAAACGUGUUUUCUCAUACCUAACACCAAAUAUCAUGUGUUCCCUUUUUGACACAAAGUAUUCACAUUGAACACACUAUGACAGUAUGUUAUGCUCACAAUAAGCAAGUUGUACUAUUAUUCAUUUUGUUAUUAUUGGGAACGUUUGUUGAGGAUGGUGUACCCGAGUUGUGAAAUCUAUAAUAAAGUAUCGCUGAUUCAACAAAUGCCGUGGAUAUGGGUACCUUUAGCCCGUUCUGGGGAAAGUCGAUCUGGUGAAGCACAUGAAGUGAUUCCAUGUCCAAUAAAUAAUUUAUUUUGAUAAAUUCAACAAAAACAUCUCUCUUUUUCUAAAAGUGAACACAGCGUUAUUUUACAUCAACAUGAAAGUCGGCAUCUCGGAUCGAUUACCUCCUCUACAAUUAGAAUUUGUUUGUGUAACGUCGGUGACGGUAAACGUGGAAAGUGACGUUGUUAGGUCAAUGGUCGUACAAACUAUCUCCGACAUCCGUUUCCAGUUUCAUACAUUUCUUGUUGACUCAUUUGUUCUAUUAAAGCUGAGUGAUUCUCAAA